AUGGCGACAGGGAUUGCGUGGACGGCUCCGACGAACCCUCCGACUGCUACAAAACCUGCACUCCCGCUGAAUUCCAAUGUAAAAACGGCAACUGCAUCCUUGACCUAUUCAAGUGCGACGGCAAAGACGACUGCGGCGAUGGCAGCGAUGAGAAUCAGUGCAAGAAAGAGGCGGAUCAGUGCACGGGCAAAGGGAAGUUCGCAUGCGAGAAUGGAGUUUGCAUCAACGAGACGCUGCUGUGCAAUGGGGAGAACGAUUGCGGGGACUUUUCUGAUGAGAAAACAUGUCGCAUCGAUGAGUGCUCAGCCAUACCAUCCCCAUGCGCUCAAAUAUGCGUCGACAAGCCGGUCGGGUACGAAUGUAAGUGCAAGGAGGGAUACCAGAGGAACCCGAAGGAUCCACAUCAGUGCGACGAUGUGA